AUGGAUUUGGUGCCAAAAUCAAUCAUGCUUCACCUUGUCAAUUCUUCGAUGGAUGAAAUGCAGCGGACCCUUCUCAAUGACUUGUACAAGAUGGACCAGUCUGAAGACUUGUUGAAAGAACCCGAGCAUAUUGUUAAGCGUCGCCGUGAAGUCAAGCGAAUGAUUGAAGCGCUCAAUAAGGCGGACGAUAUCCUGUCGUCUGUUUAA